GGGGCUGGGCCCAGCGAGGUGACAGCCUCGCUUGGACGCAGAGCCCGGCCCGACGCCGCCAUGAGCGCCGCGCUCUUCAGCCUGGACGGCCCGGCGCGCGGCGCGCCCUGGCCUGCGGAGCCUGCGCCCUUCUACGAACCGGGCCGGGCGGGCAAGCCGGGCCGCGGGGCCGAGCCAGGGGCCCUAGGCGAGCCAGGCGCCGCCGCCCCCGCCAUGUACGACGACGAGAGCGCCAUCGACUUCAGCGCCUACAUCGACUCCAUGGCCGCCGUGCCCACCCUGGAGCUGUGCCACGACGAGCUCUUCGCCGACCUCUUCAACAGCAAUCACAAGGCGGGCGGCGCGGGGCCCCUGGAGCUUCUUCCCGGCGGCCCCGCGCGCCCCUUGGGCCCGGGCCCUGCCGCUCCGCGCCCGCUCAAGCGCGAGCCCGACUGGGGCGACGGCGACGCGCCCGGCUCGCUGUUGCCCGCGCAGGUGGCCGCGUGCGCACAGACCGUGGUGAGCUUGGCGGCCGCAGGGCAGCCCACCCCGCCCACGUCGCCGGAGCCGCCGCGCAGCAGCCCCAGGCAGACCCCCGCGCCCGGCCCCGCCCGGGAGAAGAGCUCCGGCAAGAGGGGCCCGGACCGCGGCAGCCCCGAGUACCGGCAGCGGCGCGAGCGCAACAACAUCGCCGUGCGCAAGAGCCGCGACAAGGCCAAGCGGCGCAACCAGGAGAUGCAGCAGAAGCUGGUGGAGCUGUCGGCUGAGAACGAGAAGCUGCACCAGCGCGUGGAGCAGCUCACGCGGGACCUGGCCGGCCUCCGGCAGUUCUUCAAGCAGCUGCCCAGCCCGCCCUUCCUGCCGGCCGCCGGGACAGCAGACUGCCGGUAACGCGCGGCCGGGGCGGGAGAGACUCAGCAACGACCCAUACCUCAGACCCGACGGCCCGGAGCGGAGCGCGCCCUGCCCUGGCGCAGCCAGAGCCGCCGGGUGCCCGCUGCAGUUUCUUGGGACAUAGGAGCGCAAAGAAGCUACAGCCUGGACUUACCACCACUAAACUGCGAGAGAAGCUAAACGUGUUUAUUUUCCCUUAAAUUAUUUUUGUAAUGGUAGCUUUUUCUACAUCUUACUCCUGUUGAUGCAGCUAAGGUACAUUUGUAAAAAGAAAAAAAACCAGACUUUUCAGACAAACCCUUUGUAUUGUAGAUAAGAGGAAAAGACUGAGCAUGCUCACUUUUUUAUAUUAAUUUUUACAGUAUUUGUAAGAAUAAAGCAGCAUUUGAAAUCGC